CCCUCUUUCCGCCACCGCCGUCACACGCUUCUUCUCCUUCGCCGCCGUCGAAAUGGCCGCUAUUGAUACCGUAGCUAAAGGAGCUAUGGACUCAUCGAAGAAGAAGCGCAAGAGAAACAGAGACAAAAGCAAAACUCCAAAGCCCCAAAAAAACGAAGAAGAGGUGCAAGUAGAAGAAGACUUGAAACACGACGCCGUAAACGAAAUGGCUGAGGAAGAAGAAGUGGUCGUGGAGGAGGAGGAGAAGAAAGAGAAGAAAAGGAAGAAGGAAAUUAACACAGCUGGAGAAGCCGAGAAAGAAGAAGAAGUGGAGGUAGAAAAGGAGGAGAGUGGUUUGAAGAGUGAGACGAAGGUCAAUUCGUCGGGGAUUAUGAGCAGCGAAGCUUUUGAAGCGCUGCCGAUAUCAAAGCCCUCUAUGGAUGCAAUUAGAGAUAUGAAAUUUGAGUACAUGACUCAGAUUCAAGCUAGAUCAAUUCCGCCGCUAUUGGAAGGGAAAGAUGUUCUUGGAGCUGCAAGGACAGGUUCUGGAAAAACACUUGCCUUUUUGGUUCCAGCUGUUGAAUUGUUGUUUAACAUACGUUUCACACCUCGAAAUGGAACUGGUGUUAUUGUCAUUUGUCCGACAAGGGAGUUGGCCAUACAGACACAUGCAGUAGCUAAGGACCUUCUGAAGUAUCAUUCGCAGACACUGGGAUUGGUAAUUGGGGGUGCAGCGCGAAGAGGAGAAGCAGAGCGUAUUGUAAAAGGAGUUAAUCUUUUGGUAGCAACCCCUGGUCGACUUCUUGACCAUCUCCAAAAUACAAAGGGCUUUAUAUAUAAAAAUCUGAAGUGCCUUGUGAUUGAUGAAGCUGAUCGGAUUCUGGAAGCUAAUUUUGAAGAAGAAAUGAAGCAAAUUAUUAAAAUUUUGCCCAAGGAGAGGCAAACAGCUCUUUUCUCAGCUACACAAACAAAGAAGGUUGAGGACCUUGUAAGGUUGUCAUUUCAGACAAAGCCAGUUUAUAUUGAUGUGGAUGAUGGAAGGAAGAGGGUCACCAAUGAAGGGCUGCAGCAAGGUUAUUGUGUUGUCCCUUGUGCCAAGAGAUUUAAUCUUCUCUAUUCCUUCUUGAAGAAAAAUCUGACAAAGAAAGUCAUGGUUUUCUUCUCAUCUUGCAAUUCUGUCAAGUUCCAUUCGGAACUUCUUAGAUACAUUCAGAUUGAUUGUGAUGAUAUAGAUGGCAAGCAAAAGCAGCAGAAAAGAACGACUACCUUUUUUGAUUUCUGCAAAGCUGAGAAGGGUAUCUUAUUGUGUACGGAUGUUGCUGCUCGUGGGCUUGAUAUUCCUGCAGUGGACUGGAUUGUGCAGUAUGACCCUCCUGAUGAGCCCAAGGAAUAUGUCCAUAGAGUUGGUCGAACAGCUCGUGGGGCAGGUGCGAAAGGGAAUGCUUUGCUUUUCUUGAUUCCAGAAGAGCUUGGCUUUCUAAAAUACCUCAAGGCUGCAAAAGUGCCAGUCAAAGAGUAUGAUUAUGAUGAGAAGAAAAUAGUGAAUGCCCAAUCUAAGUUGGUAAACAUAAUCUCUGAAAACUAUCAUUUGAACAAGUCAGCUAAAGAUGCCUACAGAUCUUACAUACUCGCGUACAAUUCACACUCUAUGAAGGACAUCUUUAAUGUUCACCGGCUUGAUCUAGAGGCUGUGGCUGCUUCAUUUUGUUUCAGUUCACCUCCUAAAGUGAACUUAAACAUUGACAGCAAUGCCUCUAAGUUCAGGAAGAAAUCACAUAAAAGUGAUGGAAGCCGACAUGGGUUCAGCAAGAGCAACCCGUAUGGAAGGAAAGGUGAAGAUGACACACGGCAGUUUGUCAGAUAUUAGUCAAAGGUGCGGUAUCCAUACCAACGUAUACUAGUCUCAUCAGCGAAUCACCAGAUGAGCUCCGGAUAUCAUUCAGUUUUGCGAUGAGUUUGGACUGUAAGCAAUUUGCUCAUAGUUUGUAUGUUGAAUCUGUUCUCCCUCACAAAGUACUUGUGUACCACAAUUUUGGAGCUCUAGUUCAUGUUUCUUCAUGUAGUUGUUGCUACAACUGAUUGGGAUGAGCAACAAUUCUUGAUUUGUCAUUGAUUUGUUCUCGUCUUGAUCUUCGUAUUUAUUCGUGGAGUUAACCCUGUGUCCGUCCAUCAUAGUGAAUACAGGAAAUAUUGUAACCUAUAAUUGGAAUUUUGAAGGUUGGAAGAUGAAUGUUUAGUUUUAUCACUUGAGAUAUUUUGACUAA